AUGCAAGAGUUAAUGCCUUUGAGUGAAGCUUUUGGUGUUUUAAUCAACACCAAAUACAAGGAAAUUACGAAGAUUAAAUCGGAACAACACUCACUCUAUGCGGCUUAUUCAUCAUGGAAUUAUUUUGUAAAAUCAAAAUUAAUUCCGAGAGAACACUAUGAUAACGUGUUGCAGGAUGAGCAAUUUGGAAUCUUAUUUGUCUUACUGGACAAUCUCACUGAUAAAUCAUCAAAUACCUUGAAAUAUGAUCAUAGCAUUCAAUUGUUGACUGAUUGUUUUAUGAAUGACGAAGGUGUGAAUGAAUUUAUGUUUGGAACUUUUAUUCAUAUCCUGAAAAGAAAAAUCAACAACGAGCAAUCUGAAAUCGCUUCUAUUCAGCAAUACAAGUACUCUAUUUGCACAUUUAUUACUGAAAUUAUUUUAGGAGAUGAAUUUAACAAAAACAAACAGCAAGAGCAGAGUCAUCUGUUAAUACAAACGAAUGACAGAGUUUUCGACAAGUUUAACCCUGAACAAAUUUCACAAUUACUAGAUUGCCUUUGGACGAUAUGCCGUUUUGAGAGUGUGGUUAUGGGCUCGAGGAGAUGCGCCACAAAGUUGACAUCGAAAUGUGCAGAUCUAAUUUCCGUCAUUGCUUAUUGUUUAUCGAUACGCAAUCAUGAGUUAAUUUUUGCUACGUCCGAAUUAUUUAUCAAAACAUCUAUGGAGUUGUUACAUUGGUUUGAACCUCACAGAGAUUUAUAUUCUCAAUUUUUGAGAUACUUUAUUUCAAAGCAAAAAGAAAUUCAGAAAGUUGUCACCCACCUACGAGCUUUGGAGAGGAGUGAAAGAGAGGAAGACAAGAUAAAUGUCAAGGAGGGUAAAUCCUUUGCUGUAAAAUCUCUAUGCUCUCUAUUUUCUUGCUAUUCUAUUUAUUUGGUGGAAGACAGAGAAUAUUUCGAAAUAUUUGUAAAGUACCUCACAAAUGCCGAAAAAAAGAGCCCAAGCAAGACGUGA